AUGCUAUCGCCGUAUCUUCACUCGUUGCAUCUUACUGUCACCACGUUUUCACAGGUCUGCAUCCCCGACAUCGACAUAGAGAAAGCACGGCCUCCCGGUUUGUCUCUGAUCUUGGGCGAGGGCGAAAGCAUCUGGAACAGCAAAAUGAAGAAGAGCUACUGUUUGGAAGGAGAUGUGGAAAACAAUCCAUUAAUGGACCUGCUCUGCCUUCUCCUGAAAUGCGAGCUGCUUGACACCGGAGCAAAGCCUUUGCUCGAAGUGCGGCAAAAAGCGGAGCACGGGGGAGACAAAGACUACGCCUCCUUUGCAGACGUCGAGUCAGCCUUUGCCAGCAAAGAGCUCCACCCCUCGGCCUUCAAGCCCGCGGUGCAGGACCGCGCAAAAGCAGCGCUGGCACCCCUGGUGCUACUUCCCAAAGAUGCAGCUUUCAAGAAGCUGUGCACCAUCUUGGACACUUUCUUCAAGGCUCAGAGCAAGAAGGCCAAGAAGUGA